AUGUCGCUGCAAGUGCCUGACCCGGACAGGCUGAACUUCUUCCCACCGAACCAGGCAAAGCAGACCAGAUUCGCGCCUCUGCCGCCUAGACCGCCUCCAGCGCGGCAUUCCUUCAUCAAUGCUCGAAGCUCAUGGAUGAGGAGAAGCCAACGCUUCCCCAUGGCAGAGAGCUACGAACGCUUACCACGCCUAAGCCGACUGUCAUACUUCCCCGUCGCCAACGAGUACAUCGAUGGAGUGUUCAACGAGAAGACGAACCUCCCACCUCGGUGGUCGUUCUACGUCCCCGACUUCGACUUUGACGUGAAGGAUUUCGAGAAGUACGAGCAGCAGCAGCAGCAACAACAAGAAAAGGGCGAGGACGAUGACGUCCCCAAGGCCCUUAAGGCAUUCCGUGUCGACUUCUAUCCUGGUGACCCUGACGACCCAAAGUGCUGGUCCGUAGCCUACAGGAUACUCGUCAUCGGCAUGUUCGCCUUCACCACCCUGGCCACCGGUAUCUAUUCCACCGCCUACUCCAGUGGCAUCAACUCAAUGGUCCCUGAGCUCGGCGUCACCAACCAGUCACUACCAUUGCUGGGUAUCUCACUCUACCUCGUCGGCCUGGCGUUGGGUGCCCUCAUCAUGGCGCCGCUAAGUGAGACAUUUGGUCGAAGACCUAUGUACAUCGGUGGCCUCAGUGUCUUCCUGGCUUUGAUCCCGAUGGCAGCUCUCGCGACGAACUUCACCAUGGUCAUCGUCGCCCGUUUCUUAGGAGCUGUCGCCGGAAGUGUCAUGCUCUCCAACGUUGCUGGAUCGAUUAUGGACAUCACCGACCCCAAGUAUCUUCCUCUCGCCAUCUCAGUUUACUCCUUUGGUCCACUCAACGGCCCGGUGCUGGGACCUCUCAUCGGCGGUUUCAUGGUUGAAGCCUGGGGCUGGAGGUCUCUGAACUGGAUGUCGCUCAUCUCAACGGCUGUGGGCGCCUUUUUCAUCAUGACCGUCCCUGAAACAUACCGCCCAACGCUUCUGAGGAAGAAGGCGAUGACGAGGAGAAUGCAGGAAGGCGACCACCGUUACUGGUCUGACUUCGAUGACUCCGUCCCCCUCUUCCGCAGAAUUCGCACUUCGAUCUCUCGACCUUUCAUUUUGUCCUUCACUGAGCCUGUUUUGAUGUUCUGGAACAUCUACAUCUCAGUCAUCUAUGCCAUUGUGCAAUUGGCAUACGUCGCUUUCCCUAUCAUCUUCCAAGACGAACGAGGCUGGUCCACAUCAAUCUCGGGACUUGCUUUCCUCGGAGUGUUCGUUGGCAUCGCCCUCGUCCUCGCUACCGAGCCCUUGCUACGAAAACUCGUUCAACGCCAACCCAAAAACCCGGAGACAGGCAAGCCUGAGCCGGAAGCCACCGUUCUUCUCAUCUGUAUCGGCGCUGUGCUCGAACCAGUCGGCCAGCUGGCGUUCGCACUCACAUCCCUUCCCAUCGAAAUUCCCUUUUACUGGAGCAUUCUGUCAGGCGUUCCCUUUGGAUACGGCUUCGGCCUUGUUUUCAUCUAUGGCACCGGAUACAUCUCCAAUGUAUUCGGCAUGUAUGCCACCUCCGCCUCUGCAGGCAAUCUCGUUUUCAGAUCAAUCUUGGGCGCGGUGCUCGUCAUCGUGGGCAAGAGCAUGUAUCACGCGCUCACCCCGCGCAUCGCGGGUAUCACUAUUGGUGUCGCCGAAGUGGUGCUCAUGCCCAUUCCUUUCAUCUUUCUUAAGUGGGGCAAGAACAUUCGGCAAAAGAGCAAACUUAUUCGGACACUGGAGGAGCAGGCGAAAAAGGUUGCAAAGUGA